AUGUUUAUGAACGCCCCUCCCCGUUUGGGCUACCAUGGUUUGGACGUCUUCGCCUUUGAACAGGACAUGAAAGCCAGAGCUCAACAGCGCUUCAACGACCGACGCCAGAGGAAGUUCUUCGUGCGAAACUGCAAGUUUCCUUUGAGCCACAACGGUAGACCGACACAGCAACCGGGAGUCAUGGCAAGCGAGGAUUGGUCUUUGGCCAGCGUACCGGACGGAAUCCAAGACAGCUUCGAGGCCCAGCAGCUUAGGAACAGAUAUCUGGCUGGCACCGCGGGUAGCCCCUACGCUGACCAUGAUCAUGGCAUCUAUUUUCAGAGAGCCCAGCGGCUUGAUGGCUCUUUGGGCAACAAGCGAACCGUCGUGGACCAUACCCAUCUCUGGCAGCCGCCAUUUGGAGUCCACGACGUGAACGACAUCCAGUCCAUGUUCGCACCAAUGCAAUAUCAGUUCGACAUGGCCCCCAUGGAUGGCCUUCACAUGCCAUUAUCAAACGGCAUGGGCCAGGGCAUGCCCACAUCCUCUCCAGAAUUUGCUUCUUCGGACGCUGGUACAAGUUUCGGGAGCUUCUCGUCGUGCUCCUUCGCCUCGGCCGACGGCUCUGGCAUCAUCACCAGUCCCUCGGACCAGUUCGAUUACGCCCACUCGCCCUACACCAACUCGUCAAUGGUACACGAGGACCUCCACAACAACAUCAAGAGAGCUCCUCCAUCGCCGCCGCCCUUCUCCGAACCGGCUCCUCUCCACUUCUUUGUGACGUCGCAGGAACAGCUUGUCGAGGGCCAGUGCCAUAUGGAUGGUCACGAAGAGGCAAUGCGGGCUGCCGUGCUGGAGAAUCAAGGCGGCUGCAACGGCAUCAAGGCCGAUCCAGCAACCCUGCACAUGCUGUCGUCGAGGCCACGAAGGGAACUUCCCGAUCAAUCGCGGUCGUCGCGGACGGGUCCAGGCAGUUCGUCUCGCCGUCGAGGUUCCCUGUGUCGCAAGCAGUCCGUAUCCGCCGCCGCUGCACACAAGUCAGAGCCGCGGCCGACGCAGUCAAAGCAGUCAAAGCCCUGCCCGGCACAAGCCUCUCCGAUGGACCCCACGGAGCGUUCGGCCAAGGACGAAUACCUGCUCAAGGCCAAGCAGGAAGGGCUGACGUACCGCGAGAUCCGAGUCAAGGGCAAUUUCACCGAGGCCGAGUCGACGCUUCGCGGUCGAUACCGCACGCUCACGAAGAACAAGGAAGCGAGGGUCCGGAAGCCCGAAUGGACCGACAAGGACGUUCAUCUGCUCCAGAGGGCCGUCCGUAAGUUCGCCAAGGGCAACGAUCCGGCCUCAACCAAGAUCCCUUGGAAACAGGUGGCCGAGUACAUCCAGCGGAACGGCGGUUCGUACCUGUUCGGAAACGCCACCUGCCGCAAGAAAUGGGACGAGCUCGUCUUAGCCGCAUUGGAGGGCCAUAUGUAA